AUGCCGUGGUCGUCACAUAAUAUGGACCCGGAUAUUGAGGGAUUGCUCGAUCAGCCGGAAGGGCAGACUCCCGGUUCGAUUUAUCCGGAAGCAGCCCCUGUUCGUCUUGGUGAUACCCCCACGUGGACUUAUCCGUGGGUUUAUCCCCAGUCGAAUGAUUUGUAUAGGAACGACUUUGCUGUCAACAACAGCAAUAACAAUCCCCAGGGCGCGCCUAUAGCGCCUCUAGGUCUCGCGAACGAAAUCACGAGCACCACCCCUCCCGUGGCCCUUCCUACAGAGGAACCACAUUGGCAGGAACUUCCUCGGCCAGGAGUCAUAGACAAUGGAGUCAAAACCGACGACACCCCUCCUGUUGAUCGCCAGGGACGUGUACAAUCCCCUGCGAAGGCAGAGAGUCUCAGUUUACUAAAAAUAUUGAUUUCUUUUAGUGAUCCAGACACCGAUAUUCGAUGUAAUUGGCCGGGCUGCACAUACCGUGGCACAUUCACGACCAAGGGAUCAUUGAAGCGCCAUCGCGCUGAGAAGCAUACUGCCCGGCGUUCGUUCCCCUGUCGAUUAUGUGGCAAGUCCUUAAGCCGGAACGCCAACAGGAGGAACCACCUGCUCAAGAUCCAUAAGGUGGGAGCUUAA